AUGACGAUAAAGAGAUAGAUGAGAUACGUCGAAACAAUCUUCGCAUUAAAAUAUUGUACUAUACAUAUUAUAGUACAAUAUUUCAAUGCGAAGAUUGUUGCUAUGGUUUAUCAACUUGAUUUCAUCUGCUUUAGAAUGGAUGUAGAAGAUGGUAUACUCUUGGGAAGGAUUUCAUGUAAUAACAUCAAAUGCCCGGAUAUCACGUGUCCUAAUGACGAGGAUCCAGUGAUCAGAGAUGGCUUUUGCUGCAAGACCUGCCCGUCAGACGAUAUUGAUAAGGAGAAGCCCUCACGAACGAACGGAUCUAGCGAGUCACAGCGUCCGGACGAUACGGCGUCGACUGAGGGUACGGAAGACACACUUCAGGGAGAAGCUUUUGUAUCGAUUCUAUCCGGUCGUUUGACAUCGGUGAACACGAGAGCGAUUUCUCGAGGAUCUUUCCUCCUUCUGAAUAACAACCUCCACUUCACAUUACACGUAACAAGACUAAGUACUCCCCUCGAAGUUGUCUUUACUGGCGUACUCAAUACAACGUUGCACGUGCAUACGGUUCGUGAUGUUGACUCCGAUACGAUUUGCGGAGAGUGGAAAAACCUUCCUCAGAUUGUCUCACGUGAUCUGCGCAACAGGAACAUUUUCGUCACACUGACCACCAGGUCACACGAGCAUGGAGAGGUCAGGGGUCGACUUAUCCCCCAUCGCGCACUUUCCACAGAAUCAUUUAGUGUUCUUCUGACCCCAAAGCGACGCAACGGUCCAGUGAAUGAAAUCUUAGGGAAAGGAGGACUGGUGAUGCUCUCAUCCUCCAAGAAUGGAAACGCCAUCAACUUUGCUGCUCUCCUUGAUGGUCUAGUAGAGUCAGAAAGGACAGAAGACGUCAACAUCGUUGUUGAGAUCACGAAGAGAAACGAUGUCUUGAAAAGAAUUGAAGUUGCUGUUGCAAGCGAGGCCAUCGAUGUGGUGGACGUCGUCGAAUCGCUGCCCAGUACGAUUAAGAAGGCGAUCACGAAGGGACAGUUAAAGAUGAGAUUGACGGUCGAGGGCCAGGGCGAUGUAGGAAUGCUUGUUGGCAGCAUCACACCACUCAAAACGUGCAAUACUAUCCAUGCAGUACUAUCCGGUAGCCAAGCCCUUGACAGAUCAAAGACUACAGGGGCUAGCGGUUCAGCCAUUUUCACCCUAGAUGACGAUGGGACAAUCAACUACAUGGUUCGAUUGACUGGCCUACAGACAGAAGUCAGCGCCAUCACCAUUGAGAUGCCCAACAGGAAUAGGCGAAAGAUCGUUGCUGACAUCUUCGGAAACUACAGAGAUGGAGUGGCUCAGGGAAAGUGGCUACGACCCAAGCUCCGUGACGUUCAGAUGUUCCUUCACGGUGAACUCUAUGUCAAUGUUGCUACUGGUGCCUUCACCACCUCCGAGCUUCGGGGACGCAUCGUUCAACUUGCCUACCAGGGUCAUAUCAGGAGACACGCAAAAAUGCCGAUCCAGAUGUCAGGCUCCCUUAUGGAUCCUACCCAGGAGACUGGAGCAGCCGGUCACGCUUGGCUCCUCCUCGAUGAAAAUUGCUCCCUCAAUUACGAGAUCGCCGUUGUGGGACUCAACAGCGUGGUCGAAGAUGACAUCGGGACCGACAGCCCGCCGUCCACGCCUCACUUUUACGCCGAGAUCGGUGAAAUCGAGAACGGGGAAAGCCGAGUUCGAUUGGUCCUGAAUGCUUUUAGAGGAAAUAGCGCUCGGGGAACCUUGACAGAUGUGAAUCCAGGAUUAUUGGAGAACAUGGACAGGGGACAAGCUUUCAUUCAGAUCAGUACAAAGAACCAUAGGGAGGGUGAAAUCAGAGGACAGAUCAUCUUGCCAAACACCUGUCAUGGAUCAUCCAACGGUAACAACCUCGUCCCCGUCCACGAUCCCAUGCCCGCCAUCAACGUCGAUGACGACCCUAACUCCUGCUUCUUCGAAGGUCGAUACCACGCCCCGAUGUCCACCUGGUCACCGGACUACGACAGGAACUGCACCACAUGCACAUGCAAGAAAACAGUGACCAUCUGUGACCCAGUGAUCUGCCCUCAGUUGUCUUGUGAAAACUCCGUCAUUGCUCCCGGUGAAUGCUGCCCCUCCUGUCCGAAACCUGAAGAACCUGAGGAGCCUGGCUGCCAUUACAAGGGUGACAAUAAGGUACAUCGCAUCGGAACGCAAUGGCAUCCGUAUAUUCCCCCAUUUGGAUAUACUACAUGCGUGCUUUGUACUUGCAUGUCCGGUGGCCAACUAAACUGCUCAAGACUCGCCUGCCCGCCAUUAGACUGCCCAAAACCAAUUCGACUUAACGCAAAUGAUUGCUGCCAAGUAUGUCCAGAACCAGAGCCAACGACACCACCCACAGAACCACCAGUGGACGACACAUUACUGCAAGCCGAUGAAGUAGAAAAAGGAUGUUCGUUCCUCGGUGAAUUUUAUAGAAAUGGCGCCGAAUGGCACCCUCUUGUGUCGCCAUUUGGUACAAUGAGCUGCGUCAGGUGUAGAUGUCGGAAUGGUCAGGCGAAAUGCAAGGGAAGAACCUGUCCUCAGCUUAAUUGUAAAGAAACAAUCAGAACAAAAGGCGAAUGCUGCCCGAGAUGUAAAGAAGACACGUUAACAGUACCCACAACAUUACCAACGAUAUUAGAGAUCUCCGCGGAGAAGAAAUCAAGGAGAAAACCCAAGUUAUCAUAGGGAAGCGCCCCUUUAUAUCAUUAUGAACAAGAUGGCCACUCAUCCACCUUCAAAAAGAAACAAUUGAGAUAAUUUUUUUGUUGUGGAUGUGCCACACUUUUCCCGUGAUACAGGGUUGUGAAUGCGAAGAACAGAAAGGGACUUUCAAAAGAGGAUGAAUAUUGCGUAAGGUCUCGCUGCCUGAUUGUGAGAUCGCCAGUGUGUAUUUCGAUGGCGUGAACACUUCCAACGAUUAUGUCAGCGAAAUGAAGGACCCAGCGAAAUAGCGGUAUCAAGUUCGCCAAAAUGUCAUUUAAAUUUGUUCGAUUGAUAGACAUUCGCGUUUUGAAGAAUGCUGCAAUUGAGUGAUCGCAUGAUAUUGCUUUGGUGGACAGCAGAUGUGAAACUGUUUGCCCAUUGGGUUAGAGUUCGAGUUUUGAACUUUUGAUGCGGUGUAAAAUUCUUAUUCCAAAGGUGAAGCAUUGCUAUUUGGUCACCAAUGCGGGCAUCAUUGUCGAUAAGUGGUUUCAGAAAGGACGCCCUCACCAAAAGAAAGUAGGGCAUUUGAUCAACUGUUCGUAAACAGACCUGAAUAGACUUAUGAAGACCAUGUAAUAAACAGAUAACAUGAGAAAUGUAAAACUGUAAAGGCAUUUAAUACAACUCCAACCUAUGAUAUUAAAAUUCCCGUUGUUGAAAAUAAUGAUAAUGCAUUUUAUAUAAGUGUUGGGAUCAAAUGGUGCAAGAAUUUCAUUAUGAAAAGGAUUACUCAACCAGUUGGCUCAGUCAAGCUUUUUCUUGGCCCCCAAAAUACAGUAUUUUAUGGAAAGUAGAAAGAUGUUUGCGCAUAUACACAUUGGCCAAAUAUGCAAAAAUAAUAAAAAAAUAUUAUGUGCAAAAUGAAAAGUGUUUGAACAUAAGUAAAAGAGAAUAAAAUAGUAUAUACAAAAUAGUCUUUUGUGAAGAAAGAUUUAUUCAGACGUAAACUUGAAUAUAUUUUGACAUUGAAAUACGAUGUUCAUUACAGGUUAUAAACACAUAACACUGAUAUCUAGGGGACCAAAUAUUUCAUCAAUGUUCUAUGUAUUUCUUUUGUUUCCCUUAAACGUGUGUGAAUAUAUUAUAGAAUGAGAGACGUUCUGGAUAAAUAGAGAAAAUUAUCAAUAAUGUAUUCAAUUAAAAAAAAUGUUUUGGAAUAUAUUUUGACAAUCAAAUGCUGGUCUAUUUUUUUUUAGAAAUGACAAUUGAAUAUAGAUAAUUCGAUAAAAAGCAUACCAACAUCAGACAUAAGCAACGGUGACACAGUAAUCCAAUUCUUAAACGUAUUAAACAAACAUUCCUUGAUAAUAAUUUUCUUAAUGUUUUCCAGAAAAUUGUGCUAGCUUUACGAACAGUAUGUAAAUGAGGAUGUAAUAAAAAUAUGUUAUUAUAUAUAGCACUCAUUAAAUACGUGCGUUGUUUAUCUAAAAACAAAAUCAAUCAAUCGAGACAACUUAUUUUACGACAAUAAGAAAACAGGGUGAAUUUGCUUGACAAUCAUAUACUAUAUGUCUGUGUUUAAGGUGUAUUAGAAAUGACUUGAGUGAAAACAAUAUUAAUAGUACUAUGACACAUAUACUAUCCCCGUUUAUAGACGGAAUAUUUCAGUAUUUCCUUUGAUGAGUUCAUCAAGGCAAUACGCGAUCUUUAAUAUUUGAUUUCCAUUUUAUUUGUCUGUUUCCGUCAAACGCGUUUUCUUUACAUUGAAUUAAGAAAUGCAUUCACAAUUGUGGUUUGUUGACUGUAUUCAACUUCGAUUCCACUUGUUGGUUGCGAGAAUAGUUUGAGAUUUAUAGAUAUGUUAUUUAUUCUGUACAAAAUGCCAAAGUGUAUUCGUGAAAUUUUCGCGAACAUGAAAUAGACUACCUUUAUAACACUGAUAUAUAUUUUUAAAAUCAACUUUGUGUUUCAUUGAUCACAAUGUAGUAAUGCAAGUAAAUGUAUUAAGUAGAAGUGAAAUAAAAAGAACAUGAAGGUAAAUAUUUAUGAUUUUAUUCCGUGCGGUUACAAAAAUAAAUGUAUAAUAGUAUUUGAAGUUCAAUCAUGUAUUUUGUACAAAAUACUAGAGUUAAAUAUGGAAUUUAAAAGUGCUAAGUGUUUUAGCCUAGGAUGUGUUCCUUUUUAUUUUUGUACGAAAUUAUAUAUCUCAGAAUGGCUAAAAUUAUUUACAAAUUCGACAGAUUUUUGUAUUUACCUAGUGCUUCGUGCUACGUGUCUUAGUAAAUAUGAACAAACUUACAGUAUUUUUGUUGAAUUAAUUUAUGCUGAAUUUUUUUCUUCAAUGUUUUUUUUUCUUCAAAUCUGGAUCCAUUGUGUGGAUACAGGCGAAUUUGUAAUACUUUUUUCCACAUGGGGCGAAUUUUCAUUGGUGCAGAGUUGCAAAAUUAUUGACGUGCGCCCUGAAGGCCAUCACACACUCCAAAGUCUGCCGCACAAUAGAGGGUCCGACUUUGACCCGAUUUUUAUAACGCAUCGCAUUUCGCAAUAAAUUAAUAUGAAAGUUCUAAGAAAUAAAAUGAUUUUAUUUGUAACUCGACAUGAUGCUAAAAAUACUAAAAUCAGAAUUCUUCUUUUUUGCAAACCUUUUGGUCGGAGUAAAAUAAAACAAGAAUCGGCUUCAAGUCGCAGCCAACGGUGACGUCAUUACGAUUCGAAUUGAAUUUACAUUUUUCAGGGUGGAUCGAAAUAGACUGGAGUUUGGAUUUUCGUAUCCAUACCACUGUUCGGACAUUUUGAUCAUUAAGAUUGUAAAGGUGGGAGUGUUCAUAUCAAAUGCAUAUACAAUUUUUUGAAAUCGGAUAGCAACUGAUCGAUUCAAAAUUUUAAUCUCGGGUUCGUUCCACGAUUUAAAUCUUCUCAUCAAUCGUUAUAACGUAUUAUUCCCGGUUCGGGUCGUAGGCGAAUCGUAUGGUGUGUGGUGGUCUUUAGAUUUCUUCUGAGAUACAAAGGAAAAAUGUUUUCAAAUGGAAUAAAGCAUGAAAUUCGCUGCCUCAUGUGAAAAGGUAUUAUUCUUAGAAGAGCAGAGUUGAUUGUGUGUAAAACUUGCAUAAAUUAUAUAUCAUGAACCGGUGUAUUUAAUACAGUAUUCUUUGUAUUUGCAAUGAACCUAUGUUGAUUUGUGUUGUUCUUAUUAUUAUGCUACGAAAUGAUUGAAAUUGAUUAUGAAAAAUGAAUUAAAAUGAUGUAUGAAAACUA